UUUAUCCAGAGAGCACAGUGACCUAGCCCCUAUGCUGCGGUAAUAACUCCGUCGAUAAUAUGGACCUCCGUAAUUUGACACGUUCAGGGCUAUGACCCCUACUCGCAUUAUGUUUGAAUGGUAUAAUUAAUUAAUCAUUGCUUCAUCGCACUCAUCACUGAACCAAAAAAUCUUCUGUUCACGUCGCACGUUAAGCCGUGACUGUUGAUACUGCAACAUCUGUGGCCGUUUAAGGGAGCCAUCCCCACCAUUGAAAAUUAGAUGGAGAGUUUUCAGACUGUAUUUACAACCGCUUUCAUAACCUACCAUGGCUACCAUUCCCAUUGGAAAUUAUCCGUGAGUGUUACUUUCAAAAUUUCUUCACUGCGAUGAAUUUCCUCUGAAACCAAUAUGAAACAAAUUUGUUUCUAUUGGAAGACGUGGGAGUGAAGUGAAAAAUUUCUGAAGAAUCGAACGAAACAGUUACGUGUACUUAUAACUAAUAUCGUACCAUUGUUAAUCAGUCGACGAUGUUGUCUGGUAAUAAGUGCAUUCAAAGGAUGGUUUUACUGUUUUAUUAUGAGUGAAGAUUUUUGUUGUGUAUAUCGUGUGAAGUUGUUACAAAAAUCAGGAGUGCAUCAGCAUGCUUGGACAAGUAAAGAUGUCGCGAGACAGGUUAGAUGCAUUGACAAAUACUACAACAAAUUGGUUCGCCAGUUUGGUCCCGUCCGAACAAAUUACUGGAAUACCUGAGGCAGUGAUUUCCACAGCUGAAGAGGAAAAUCCACUGAGCGAUACAACUGUAGGAGCUGAUGUCGAUAGCAAAGUGAAGACCAAGUUGCUCACCAUGUGGCACAAUGUUAAAUACGGAUGGACCUCUAAGCUGAAAACAAAUUUCUCAAAGGAAUCUCCAGUGUGGCUUCUGGGUGCAAGUUACCAUAAAAAAGCUGAAUCUCCUGAGACUGCCUCUGAGGCUGUUGGAUUUGAUACAGAUUCUAGUGGUGAUAUUUCUGUCGCUGAAGAUGCUACAAAUUUCGACGAGAGUAUGGAGGGCUUCAAGAGAGACUUUGUUUCAAGAUUAUGGUUAACUUAUAGACGAGAAUUUCCUAUAUUGAAUGGCUCGUCUUUUACUUCUGAUUGUGGAUGGGGAUGCAUGCUCAGGAGUGGGCAGAUGAUGUUGGCACAAGCACUUGUCUGUCACUUUCUUGGAAGAGCUUGGAGGUGGCGGCCAGAUCAACCAAUUCAAACGCACCAACAAUUUGCAGAAGAGAGUAAACACAGAAUGAUUAUAAAAUGGUUUGGCGAUCAGCCAGCAGCGCAGUCUCCUUUUUCAAUCCACUCUCUUGUAUCAUUGGGAGCCUCGACUGGUAAAAGAGCUGGGGAUUGGUACGGUCCAGCCUCGGUAGCUCAUCUCCUAAGUCAAGCUUUCAAAGUUGCUGCUACUAGACAUGAAGAAUUGGACAACUUGAGUGUGUAUGUCGCCCAAGACUGCGCCGUUUAUCUAGAAGACGUGAGAAGAUCCUGCGAACGUUCUGAUGGCACUUGGAGAUCAUUAAUUCUCCUAGUUCCCCUGCGAUUAGGUGCAGAUAAAUUGAAUUCAGGUUAUGGACCUUGUUUAACUGCUCUCCUCAGUCUAGAAGUCUGCAUUGGUGUUAUUGGAGGUCGGCCACGACAUUCUUUAUACUUUAUUGGAUAUCAAGAAGACAAACUGAUUCAUCUUGAUCCACAUUACUGUCAAGAGGCUGUCGAUGUAUGGAAACCCAACUUUUCACUCGCUAGUUUUCACUGCUCUUCUCCCAGGAAAAUGUUACUUUCUAAAAUGGAUCCCAGUUGCUGUGUUGGAUUUUAUCUUCACGAUAAAAAAUCUCUGGAAAGUUUCAUUAAAAUUGUUCAACCAUUUCUAGUACCACCUAAUCAAAAAGUUGAAUACCCAAUGUUUCUUUUUUGUGAUGGAAGUGGCGAUGAAAUGCGUCAAGGAUAUGAAGAAUCGCCUUCAUCUAUAGCAAAUUUAGCGCAAGAUAAUACAUGUAAUGAUGAACAUUAUGAGUACGAGGAAUUUGAACUCCUUUGAACUUAUCCGUCAGAAAUUCCUAAUGUCAUUCGAUGCUCAAGUGGUGAGAAGAUGUUAAGACAUGAUAUGCCAUGGGAAAUACCUGGAGAGGUAAAGAAAUCAUUUUAUUAGGGAAUUUUAUUUUCCGUGAUUGUGGGCUCAGGAGAACCUCAUGAUAUUUACUGAUCAGGCGUGAAAUAUUUAUCGAAGAAAGCGAAUGAGCCGAAUAUAUUCGAAGCCUUUUGUUCACUAAAAGAAUAUUUAUUCUCAAACGUGACUGGGUAAAUGGGGGCCGUAUAAGAAGUGAGGGUAUAAAGAACCCGUAUUUUUGACAAAUGACAGGUUUCUAGAGUUAUCCAGUGAAUUAGGGAUCAUCCCUACUCCCACCCUGAGCCUUCAUUGUACUUAAUGAGCAAGUGAUCAUCCUCGUAAAGGUGUAGUCACGUAAUCUUUGCCGUUACCAGAGAGAAAAAGAGACAAGUUGUCGAAUACCUGUUGCAAGAUGAAGUAUGGAGAGAGAUGAAAGGAGUUGGAGAUGUGAAUAUCUUCAUUGAACUUAAAUAUCUCGUUACUGAGUGGUUUUGAAUUAGCAGAAAUUUGUAUGGACCUUCUUUCAUAACAAAAAGAGGUUUCCUACAUUAGUCAGUAAACUGCCUAAUUCGAGAUAUCUCAAAACAACUAAAGCCUAUAGAAUAUGUCGAAUCAUCCAGCCUAGUACUUUUCCCCGUCGAUUCGCUUCGCCCGAAUGUUUAUUCGUACAUAAGUAUCGAAUGUUUUUUUUAGAAACUUUAUUUGACGUGACAUUUGCGAUUCGUUAACUAUUAACGCAUAUUUAUUUGGUGUCUAUCAUUUGUUAAUAGUUAUCGAAUUUCGUUUGGAAUAAAUAAGUACUUUUAUCAGUGUACAUAGCAAUUUUUUAUAAACUAAAAAUCGCGACGUCUACAUUAUUUUUUUUAACGAAAAAAAAAAUUUUGAUGGAGGUUUCUUUAUCAUGGAACGUAGUUAUUAAACGAAUGGUUCAGAAAACAGCUCCUCCGAAUAUGCACAGCAAAGAUUAAGGCUUGAAGCCAAAUCCAAAAUUUAUCCCAAAAUACCAGGACAAUGCUAGAAAUCUCUCACAUGUUCACUGUAUAUUUUUGGUGAUGCGUUAUUAUUGAGGAAUUGAUUAUCAUGGAAGUUCAUCCUCUGAAUCAUUUUAAUGAGUCUGCAUUUAGGAUUAAGCUAUUUAUUGAAUUGUCUAAAAGUAAUAAAAUUCUUAACGAGGCAAUACCUACACUAGA